AUGGCUACCAAACAGCGGCUGGUCCGACUUUCCUUCUACGUACAACGCAAAAAGAAUCUUAGCGAGGAAGAAUACGAGCGCCACUUGUCGUCGCACCAUGCAGAAUUGUGUGCCGAACACCUUGCGAAGCACGGCAUCUUAAGAUAUACUCAGUUCCACACUCCGGCGUCAUUUCAAGCAGUCGGCGAAUCUGGAUUCCCCGGUCUAAAGAAGAUGAAGAGGCUUCCCUUUGACUCGUCGGGUGACUUUCUCAUGGCCGAUUUCGCCAGCUUUGUCAAAUUCCAGGAAGACCCUUAUUAUCUGUCGCAUGUCUUCCCGGAUGAAGCCGGUCUCUUCGAAUGGGACACCGCCUGUUACGCGGUAGGAUGGGAGGAGGUUUAUAUCCAAGAUGGAAAGGUCGUCAAUCUGCCGUACCAGGACCCUACGUACCAGGGUCCUACCCAGGCUACUGGGACUUCAAGUACACCUAGUAAUUAG